AUGGUGUCGGCUUUCACUGACAGGGCCAACGGCUUCCCUUCUGAGCUCGCAGGCACAGACCCGCAGUGGAUUUUCAGCUUGCAAUGCAACCAACCUGCGUUUCGUGCACCCCACGCCGCAAAUUCAGACAUUGGCGUGAAAGAGGGGCCUGGCUACUCAGGGCAACGAGUGAGUGUUCAAUGGAGGCGCGCCAAGAAGUGGGAUGAGACUAUGAUCCAUCGCCUGGAGAACUGGAAGUUAAAAGGGAAGGGAAAGCAGCCUUCUGGACCUGGUUCAAGCUUGGCUUCCACGGCGAAGGUGAGGCCGUUCCUGCGUGAUGUGUUCGAUAAGCUUGCGAUCCAGACUUUCUUGGAUGUUCCAUGUGGAGACAUGACUUGGAUGCCACACGUGAAUCUGACGGGUGUGGAUUACAUGGGCGGCGAUAUCUCCUCAUCACUUGUUGCCGACAACCUGGCAUCCUUUGCUGCAGAUCCUCGAUUUGCAAACAAGUUCGCUGUGUUCGACAUCACAUGCAUGAUCCCGCCCAAAGUGGACAUGAUACACACCCGGGAUGUUUUCAUCCAUCUGGACUCCGAUCAUUCAUUGAAGGCUCUCCAGAACUUCGAGAAGAGUGGCUCCAAGUAUAUCGCUAUUCCACAUUGGCCGUCUUCCCGUGGGGGAUCCAACGUGUUCCACCCCAACGGAUCGGCUUACGAGAAUUAUCACACCUUCAAUCUGCACCUGCCUCCAUUUUGUUUGCCGGCGCCUCUGUACUCCGUGCAGAAUGGAGGCGGCGCCACUGGCGUGGUCGGUGUAUGGAAGUUGCCCGCUCUAGGGCAUGGCAGCCGACCGGAGUGCCGAAAUCAAGGUUAG